UGGAGACUCGGAGCAGCAGUGAGGAGGGAGGCAGGGAGGAUCUCAGCUGGAGCAGGGAGAGAGAGAGAAGCAUACAGAGAGAGGAGUGUGUGUGGAUGUACUCGCCUGCCUCGCUGACUGACUGACUGUGUGUGUGUGUGUUUGUGUGUGACAGAACGAGGGGAGGACGCGUGGAUACUACUCCACAGGACUGGAUGUGUUUAGCGUCACGGAACGAGACCACACGUACAACAAAAACAGAAAUCCAUCCUAGCCUGGGCUGAGUGUCCUGAGAGCAUCAUUCUUGCUGAAGUCAUCUCUAUGUGAACCAGCCUUCUCAUACUUGUUUCUCAGAGAUGUACAUGACUGCAGAGGGAAGGUAACACGAGAGAGUUGGGCAGGCACAAAGUGCUGACUGAAGUGCAGGCAGACACCAGUGCAGAGUGCGGAGGAGUUAGCAGACAAGGCAGAGCACACGAGACCUGACUGACAGCGCCCAUGGCGAGCAAUAACACGGCCAGCAUCGCACAAGCCAGGAAGCUGGUGGAGCAGCUGAAGAUGGAGGCGAACAUCGACAGGAUAAAGGUGUCAAAAGCAGCAGCGGACCUGAUGUCAUACUGUGAAGCUCAUGCCAAAGAGGACCCUCUGUUAUCGCCCGUGCCAGCGUCAGAGAACCCGUUCAGGGAGAAGAAGUUCUUCUGUGCCAUCCUGUAAACUCGGUAUGGCCCUUCAGCAGUCUGCUCCGUGUGGGACUUUGAACGUGGACGUUCAAAAUACGUAGAAAUCUUCUAGUAGGAGGGCACGGCGAUUAUUGCCCCCCCUUUGUCGAAUGGCACGUAACGAGUGCGAAAAUUAAAACCCACAGAGUUUACAUGUAACCAUUAAAGGGGUUGUGAUUGUGAUUUGUUGAGGGGUGUUGCAGCAUGUUGAAGGGGUCUGUGCUUUUAGAUGACACUAAAGGGGUGAUGAUGAUGAUGAUGUGUGAUGAUAACCUAGAGACGUGACGGACAACCAGUCAACCUACCAAGUCUUCAGGUUGUGAUGUGUACAAAACAAAAAAAAUAGAUAAAGUGAGAAUAAAAAUAUUUUGUGGUUCUUUUUGGGACUUCCUCUGUUAAAUGGUUUGUGGGUGGGCGGAGCAACGUAGGACAGCAAACUAAAAUACGCCUACCACUAGACGCCACCUGAUUAUUGGAAUGUUUUUUAAGUUUAUGUUUAUUUCAACUUUACCUAUCACCUAGAUAUCUUUCUAUAACUGUACGUGCAACAGCUCUCUUUUGUUUUUACACCAACAGGUUAGUGAAAGCUUUUUUAAAUGGGAUGUUUGAAACAUUCGAUUCUGUGAUUCUUCUUUACCUGUCUGAAAAAUCUGAUCUCUAUGUAUCAACAUCUAUCCGGCAAAUGUGAUGCAGUUUGUCUCCUUCAGAUACAGAACCCUCUUUCUACUGUUUGUAUAAAAUAACUAGCAAGUAAACUGUGCUGUGCUGUGA